AAGUGCGAACGGUGUAAACAAUCGAGUCAUGGAAAUAGGAAUGAAGCCCCCAAUUUAAAGUAUUAAAUGUCUUUAAAAGUAACAUUUCUUCUGAUUAAGAAUAGUGUAAUGUCGCAGGUGAUAUUUUAAAUUAACACAGUGUGGGCUGCUGCGUGUGUCCGCCAUGCCGUAUCUGGGCAGUGAGGACACGGAGCGGGAGCUGAGGAGGGCUCUGUGUAACCCCCACAUCCAGUCCGACCCGCUGCGAUACCGGAACACCGUGCUCAAGGUCCUCCGGGCGAUGUCUCAGGGUGUGGAUGUGUCCGGCCUGUUCAGUGAGAUGGUGAAAGCGUGUGCCACAGCGGACAUCGUCCAGAAGAAACUGGUCUACGUGUUCCUGUGUUCCUACGCCGCUCUGAACCCCGAGCUGUCUCUGCUGGUCAUCAACACGCUGAGGAAGGACUGCCAGGACCCCAACCCCAUGGUGCGCAGCCUGGCCCUCAGGAACAUGACCAACCUCCGGUUGCCCAGUCUGGUGGAGUAUGUGGAGCAGCCUCUGACUGCAGGCCUGAGGGACAGAGCGGCCUGUGUUCGACGCGUGGCUGUCCUCGGCUGGGCCAAAAUACACAACCUCCAACCCAACUCUGAGACAGACGCCGCGGUGGUGAACGAGCUGUACACCCUGCUGAGGGACCCGGACCCCGUGGUGAUGGUGAACUGUCUCCGAGCUCUGGAGGAGAUCCUGAAGGAGGAGGGGGGGGUGGCUAUUAACAAACCCAUCACCCAUCACCUGCUCAACAGGUUGAAGGAGUGUGACGUCUGGGGUCAGUGUGAGGUCCUGAGGGUCCUGCAGCGCUACCGGCCUCAGACCGAGGACGAGCUGUUUGACAUCCUGUCCCUGCUGGACGCCUCGCUGGUCAGCCCCCACCCCCCCGUCAUGGCCGCCACCCUCAGCCUCUUCCUGGGGCUCUGCUCGGCCCUGCCUGCUGUCGGGCUGGCGGCCCUGGAGCGAGUGCGGGCCCCCCUGCUGACUGCCUGCGGAAGCCCCUCCAGAGAGAUGAGGCUCACCGCCCUGUGCCACAUACAGCUGCUGCUGCGGUCUCUGCCUGGCCUGAUGGGGGCGCACUACAAGCGUUUCUUCUGUGGCUACGCAGAGCCAGCCUACAUCAAGCAGAGGAAGAUGCAGGUGCUGGUGGAGCUGGUGAAUGAUGACAAUGUUUCAAUGAUACUGGACGAGCUGAGAGGGUACUGCACCGACGUGAACACUGACACCGCCCAGGCUGCCAUCUCAGCCAUAGGUGGAAUUGGGCGGAGCUACAGCGACAGAUGUCUGGAGAUCCUCACUGGACUGCUGGGGCUCAAACAGGAACACAUCACUUCUGCCGUGGUGCAGACCAUGCGAGACCUGGUGUGGGUGUGUCCUCAGUGCAGCGACACGGUGUGUGAGGCUCUGGAGGGCUGCGAGGACACGCUGCAGGACAGUCAGGGCAGGCAGGCCUUGCUGUGGCUGCUGGCUGUGUAUGGGGAGCGGGUCUCCAGCGCCCCAUACACGCUGGAGGUGUUCAUUGAUGGAGUGAGGAGCGAGACGUCUGUGGGAGUCAAGAUGGAGCUGCUGACCACCACCAUGAGGCUGUUUCUGUGCCGGCCUGCUGAGACGCAAGACAUGCUGGGAAGACUGCUGCACUACUGCAUAGAGGAGGAGACAGACAUGUGCGUGCGUGACCAAGGGCAUCUCUACUACCGCCUGUUGCAUCGUGGGAUAGAAGAGACACAAAAGGUCCUCCAGGGACGGAGGUCAGACCCUUCCCUGGGUGUUCUGAUUGGCCGCCCUGCGGAGCCCGUCAGCCAGUGGGCGUGCAGCUUUAACACUCUGGACCCUCUGAAGCAGGGCCCUGUAGAGACAGAGCCCCCCAGCAGAGGAAGCCCUGAACAUGUGACCUUUGACCCCAAGCCUAACACCGACCUCUCAGAAACACUGGACUGUAGCCAGAUUAUGAAGCUUCAUUCAG